AUGGAGAGAAUACAAUCAAGCACAGACAAUUCCGAUAGAGAAGAGAAAUUCGAGGAUGCAAGUGAUGUUCACGACUCUUCACAUCGAGAUUCAUCCCAGCAAGAACGACCUCCGUUGGACCCCAGCAACGUCAGCGGGUCCCAAGCUGCGCUUGACCAUGACAAGCAAUCUAUGCCGCCGCAAAGAGAGAGUACAGGGAGUUCAGAACAAAAAUUCCCUGAUAUAACAACAGAUACCGUUGGCGUGGAUGAUUCUGCAUCGACUCGGUCACACGAUGGCCAACAAAUGCCUACUCUCAAACCUCCAGAAGCCUCUGCCGAUAAUUCGGAUCCGUCUUCCAAAUCCCUUCCUGCCAAACCUGCGUCUCGUCCUUCAAGAUUCCAAGGCUUUUCAGCCUCUCUUCCUUCAGUACCAUGGGGCGCUCCACCACCUCCGCCCGCCAAAAAGGGUUCGGAUGCACGAGCACCUUCACCGCAGCCGCCUCAAUCCUCCUCUUCCUUCGGACGCAAAGUCACCACUCCUUUUGGCUGGUUAAGCCGAGCGACCUCGACCCCCAAAGAAACCCGUUCUCCUCCUUUACCCUCCAGAACCCAAUCUGACGCUCGCCGGAGUACCGCUGCCUCGGUCUCUACCCUUGGAAGCAAUCCCGAUCUCAUGUUGAAGGCUUUGGAAGAGUCACAAGAUGGAUCCAAUGGACAGAGGCCGUCGAGAGCAUCCCUGCGCGAGCAAUUCAAGAUGUUGCGGAUGCGAGAAGAAGCAGGAAUCACCAAUCUAGAAGGGACAGAAAAAUCCGAGGGCGGGGCCAUAGCAGGGUUGAUAGGACGAUCAGCGAGUUUAGGUGUGGGCAUUGCCACUCCCGGAGGCGUCAGUCAAGAUGAAAAUAUUGUAUCAACUCCGGUCGUAUCUCCUUCCUCACCGAUGGCCGAAACGAUUCCGACCAAUCCGAAUCUCGCCCCUGGAACUGUGGCCGGCGUGGCGGUGGCGGCAGCGGAUACCGCCAUACCAAUUGAUUGGGAUUUCUGGCAGAAUGUUGUGAACGAAGGACCUCAAGCCGUCGCUCGGACGAGUCCCGAUGAGUUUACUCAAGCGAUUAGUGGUGGAAUUCCUCAAACAAUCCGACCGGUGAUCUGGCAAGUUCUUGCGGGCAGUAAAAACGAGGAUUUGGAGGCCGUCUACUUUGACCUCCGCUCUCGAGGCCCCAAUACAGAUGCAAGGGAAGGCUUGCCGAAAUCACCCUUGCUCAACGGUAAUGUCAAUGGCAGUGUCAAAGAAAAGGAUUCGGUAGGAUCCUCCAGAUCGUCCGUUCGGUCUGAUCACUCAACGCCCGCCACUAGUGCUAAUGUCGGAAUGGCAUCUCCGUCUCCAUCUGGAGAACCAACCGAUCCGAUGAGCAGCGCGCCUCUUCCGACUCAAUUAGCUGUGGAACGAGCUAAAAAAGCAAAGGAAGAUUCCGUUGCACUCACCAAGCUAGAGAAAAUGAUCAAACGCGACAUGGGCUCAAGGACCAGCUAUUCAAAGUAUGCAGCUGCUGCAGGCCUCCAGGAUGGACUUUUCCAUGUGUGUCGAGCUUAUGCGCUCUUUGACGAUGCUGUUGGAUACCCCCAAGGCAUGAACUUUAUCGUCAUGCCUAUGCUUUUCACGAUGCCAGAAGAAGAAGCCUUUUGCCUUUUAGUUCGACUGAUGAACAAGUAUCAAUUGCGCGAUCUGUUCAUCCAGGAUAUGCCCGGUUUACAUCUGCACCUUUACCAGUUUGAGCGGUUACUGGAAGACCUCGAGCCCGCCUUAUUUUGCCACCUCAAUCGCCGAGGUGUCACUCCUAGGCUUUACGCCACUCAAUGGUUUCUUACCCUGUUCGCCUACCGAUUCCCACUUCAACUCGUCAUGCGCGUCUUUGAUCUGAUACUGUGUGAGGGCCUUGAAGGCGCGAUCCUGAAAUUUGGAAUGGCCGUCAUUCAGCGAAAUGUUCCGACGCUGUUGGGAAUGCAAGAUAUGCAAGCUCUAACAACCUUCCUGAAAGAGAAGAUAUUUGAUGUCUACAUUGAUGCCACUCCUUCCUCGAAAUCAGUUUUGGAAUCAGGGUUCUUCGGCAGCUCAGGCGGUUCCGACACGGAGGUUUAUCGAGCAGAUCUACUGGUCCAAGAUGCAUGUGCGGUCCGGCUCACUCCUGAAAUGCUGAAUCGGUACAGAGAAGAAUGGGAAACUACCACAAAGGCCGAAAAGGCACGAGAGACCGAAUUGGAAAACUUGAAGACUGAUUGUGCCACCAAGGCUGCCCAGAUCCGAUCCCUCGAGAAACGGGCCGAAAAGUUUGAUGCCGAACACGUUGAAAUCGCCAACGAGCUUGUGAGACUGAAAGUCGAGAAUAACGAGCUUCAAGAUCGGAACGAAAGUUUGAACGGACAGGUCGAAGAGUUACGAAAAGUUGCUGAAAGCGAAGCGGCAAAUGUCGAAGAGAGAAUGCGAGCCGGUACUGAACAAGUCAUGCAGCGAAAUAUCGAGGUGCAGAAUGAAAAUCGUCAUAUGGAAGAACAAAUGGCCGAGAUGGAAAAAGAGCUUGUAAAGAUGAAAGUGAAAUAUGCUGAGCUCAAUGCCGAACAUGAGGGGCUCAAGCAGAAAUGGAAUGAUCUGAAACGAGCUCUUGAGUAG